UACUUUUGAUUCAGAUUAGGAGCUAUACAAUCACAACUUCAAAGCUUGAUAAUACUUUUUUUACAAAUUAAUAAAUCCAUCAAGAAUGUUUUCAUUAUUAGUACUUCGAAAAUCAAAAGUCCGUUUCAUAGCAGGCUAUUUAACUAUAAUAGCCUGUUACUGUUUAGACUAUUAUUGUGUUUAGUCAUGUUCAUUCAGAUUGACAUAAUAAUUUAUGAAUGUUAAUUGUAAUGGUUUUUAUAAUAAAAUAUUUGAAGUGAUAACUUAACAGUCAUCUAGUUAGGUGAAUGAUUUGGUGAGAAGGGAAAUUUGGUUUUCAGGGCGCAGACAGAUGCAAACCUUCAGUAACGAUCGAUAAACGGAUUGAAUACAACAAAAUUGUUUUUGAAAUCGAGAGUGAAAAUCUAUUUUUGGAUCCGGAACACUGUUCUAUUUCCUGUUAUGAUAUGAAGAGUCCAAAAGUUUGUAUCAGUGGAAUGAGAAAAACAUUCAAUGAAAAUGCCGUCGACACAUAGCAUUGUACUGGAAUUUAUCAGUGUAUUUAGUACUGCUUAUUUGAAUAUAUUUUCAAAUUGUAAUUCUUCCUGAAAAUGUUAAAAAAAUUGGGUUACAUAGGAUUUGCAUAUUCUCUUGGUUCUUUUGGUGUAGGGUGCAGCGGGGCGGGCGAAUGCUAUGACAUCAAUGGUCGUAUCAUUUCGCCAGGCUUCCAUUUUGUUCCCGGACCGGACACUUGUACUCUCUGCGUCUGUGACAAUGGGAACCCCAAGUGGUGCAAGGCCGUGCUCUGUUCACCGCCACAGGACUGCAAGUCGUUCCGUGUUGGCAACUCGUGCUGCGAGUUCAUCUGCCUGGACGACACGUUUGGGGGCAAAGGAGGGGAGGCGGCAGACCUGCUCGCCUCCGAGUACGGCCUCCGACUCAUAGGUGGCGCCAUCACCAUCAUACUGUGUCUCAGCUUUGUCUGCUUCAGUGUGCAUCGAAUCAGGCAGCGCAAGAUCACAGGCCGUCAGCAGCAGAUGCACGAGCACGGCGAUCACCACCAGCUGGCGGGAGGCGGCGGCAGCGAGCCGCGCGGUUUCCUGGCGGCAGCGGCAGGCGGAGGCUUCCGGUACGCGGACUGCGACGCGGAAGAGGACCCGCGCCCGCCGCACUACUCGCUCUGGAAGCCGGCCGCCUACAGUCUGCCUCCGCGUGGCCAGGAGGCGCCGCCCCCCUAUGAAGAGGCGGUCGCUGCCGCCCAGGUGGAGGCGGCACUCGCGGCUUUGGCUGCUGCCGCCAACACAUCGGGGCCAAGUCUGCUGCAUUCGGAGCAUCAUCGCACUAUUCCACUGACCCUGGUGACGAGUGAGUGGCCACCGAGUGGCCAAGCUCCGCCACUGCAGUCGCAUCGGGUGGACAUGCCACCGAUUCAAGGAGCCGAUCAGCCGUUGGUAGCGCCACCGCACCGUGUGAAUGCGCCACAAAUCUCCAGAGUGGCGCCACAACGACACAAUGUUGCCACUUCCACCACAACCUCUGUGGUGGCGCCACCUGCUCUGCCGCCACCGUCUCAAGCCACCACCAAAGUGGCGCCACCUGUUCUGCCGCCACCGUCUCAAGCCACCGCCAAAGUGGCGCCACUGCACCGUGUAAAUGCACCGCAAGCCACACGAGUGGCGCCACAGCCGCCCCCUCAUUCCACCCGAAUGGCACCACAGCGACACAAUGUCGCCACCUCCACCGUCACCCCUGUGGUGGCGCCACCGCGGAGCUCCAGCAUUGCUACUCAAGCUGUGCCAGUGGCCAUCCUUCCCCCACCACCGCAGUCGCCACGUGGAGAUGUGGUAAGCAAGCAGGCACCACAAGUGGUCACCACGACGAGGGGGCAUGCCACAGCGCAUGCAACUGCGCAUGCCUCUUGUGCCACUACCAGGCCACACCAUCUCACUAAUGCCGUUGCUAUGACUAGUAUUGCUGAGGAGGAACAGGACUUGCCAGGAGAAGAAGAGGAGGAAGAGGAGGAGGAGGAAGACGACGAGGAGGAUUAUAGGAGCGAGUGUGAGAACUGCAACCUCAGCGUGAGUGGGGGCAUGAACGACCCCGACUGUUUUGUCGACGAUUUGGAAACGAUGACACUGCACAGGAAGUUGCAGCAGACAGACCACUGCGGUCACCUGGCCAUGCCGAUGCAUCAGCGGCGCCUGGGGGGCAUUCAGCCGGGGGGCGUCAACGCCACGGGAGCCAUCGGCGAGUGGACCUCACUCACGCUGCCCACGCAACGGCCGACAUCAGUGCUGUGUAACUCUUCCCAAACGAGUGCGAGGGAAAAUUGGUUCAGCAGUAUGCCGCAGUCAUCUUCUGAAUCAUCCGAAGAAGAAGAAGAAGAAUAGUUACCAAAAAGAAGAAGAGUGAGGAAUAAAUUAUAAAUAGCAAGUUUUUAUAGUGAGGUCCACGUUAUAAUGGCAGUGUCUAUCAUUCAACAAAGCGGA